AUGGCGGAUACGCAGAUCCCAGAGCCGCCGUCGACGACGGUGCAGACGUCCAGCGAGCCACCGCGCACGCUGUGGAUGGGUGAUCUGGACCCGUCGUUCGACGAGGCGACGAUCCAGCACGUGUGGCUGACAGUGGGGCACCAGGUGCAGGUGAAGCUCAUUCGGGCGAAAAAGAACCUGCUGAUUCCAUGCAGCACGAGCAGCACGCUGUCCGCGUCGCACGUGGACGAGGAGCGGAUCCAGAUAAACGGCGUCUCGUUCAUCGACCCGAACACAACGCAGCUGCACCACGCGGGCUACUGCUUCGUGCAGUUCGCGAACUUGCAGGAGGCGCAGGCGGGCCUGCAGCUCAAUGCGACGCCGCUGCCGAACGUGGUGAGCCCGACCACGCGCAACCCCACGAACCCGACCGGCAAGCGCAACUUCCGCCUCAACUGGGCCUCGGGCGCCACACUGCAGAGCGAUAUCCCGGCUACGCCGGAAUUCUCACUGUUCGUGGGCGACCUGUCGCCCACCGCGACCGAGGCGCACCUGCUGUCGCUCUUCCAGACCAAGUUUAAGUCCGUCAAGACCGUGCGCGUGAUGACCGACCCCAUCACUGGCGCGUCGCGCUGCUUCGGCUUCGUGCGCUUCGCGGACGAGAAGGAGCGCCGCCGCGCCCUCGCCGAGAUGAACGGCGUGUGGUGCCAGGGGCGCCAGCUGCGCGUCGCCUACGCGACGCCGCGUAACAACCUCCUGCAACAGCAGCAGGCCCACCCCGCGCCGCCUGCGCCGCCGUCUCCGCCCGCGCCGCCCGCGCAGACCCUGCCUGACAGCCUUGGCCUGCUGGUCGGCGUGCCCAGCCUCGCGCAGCUCGACGCCGCCAGUCUCGGCCGCGCCCAGCAGCCCCUGCUGCUGGGCGCCGCCGGCUCGCUCGUCGGGAGCAACUCGCUGCCGCUUGCGGCGCCGCGCCAGCUGCCCGCCGACACCGCCAACACCACCGUCUUCAUCGGCGGCCUCAGCAACAUGAUCUCCGAGGGUCAGCUGCACGCGCUGUUCAUGCCCUUCGGCAAUAUCCUCAGCGUCAAGGUCCCGCCCGGCCGCGGCUGUGGCUUCGUGCGCUUCGAGAACCGCAUGGACGCGGAGGCCGCCAUCCAGGGCAUGCAGGGGUUCAUAGUCGGCGGUAACGCCAUCCGCUUAUCUUGGGGCCGUACCCACAGCCACAGCGGCUCCAGCGGCUCCAGCGGCUCCAGCGGCUCCAGCGGCUCGCUGGCCAUCGACCACCACCCGUACCACCAGCACCCGCAGCAGCAGCGCUUGGCAUGGGCCUCACAGCAGCUCGGCGACGGCGUGAAUCUCCGCUUUUCCGGCACAGGGUCCAUGGCGGCCGCGGCAACCGCCGCUACCGGUCUCUUGCAGUCAGCCGCUCCACAGCAAACAGCUAUCCACCCCUCGUUGCUGCCAUAA